AUGGGCAAGUUUUUAGCAAACCACCUCCAAGCAACCAGCCGCCGCGGUGGUGGUACCCGCAAAAAGAAAGAAAAGGCCAGCGGUGUCCGCAAGGAAGAGACACAGUGCAAGAAGUUUGAGGACCUGAAGCAGAAGUUGAAGUGUUUGGUGAAGGCAGCAAAAGGCACGAAGCCGGAGAAGCGCCACCUGGUCAACGCGAAGCUCCGCCUUUGCAGCGACUGCGCCGGCAUGGGUGCCGAUUUGGUUGCUUUGCGUCUGCUGGGGCUGUCUCGUCGAGUGAAACCUGUGUGCUGGUCAGAGAUCGAUUCUUCAAAGAUCAGUCUCUACAAAGCAGUGGCCAAAGCUUGUGGCAUCAAGCUGGAGGGGACCCACAAGCCCCAGAGUGUGUUCGAUCGGAAUCACGAGGACUCUCCGGCCAGCGAUAUCUACAUCGCCGGCUAUCCUUGCCCGGCUUUCAGCAGUUUGGGCCAUGGCCGUGGCAUUAUGGACGAGGCCGGGCGAGGUCUGGUGGGGUUGAGCGCGCUGCAGUACGUGUGUCACCACCGACCGUCGCUGUGCAUAUUGGAAAACGUGACUGGAGUUCUGCACAAGAAGAAUAGCCCAUAUCGUAGGAUUCUCGAGAAAGUCUUCCAAGGCUUGAACUACGACUUGCACAUGAAGGUUUUGAAUACCCAGGACUACGGUAUUCCCCAGUCCAGGCGACGUCUUUACAUGGUCGCCAUUCGUGAAGAUCAGAAGGUGAAAGGUUUCAAGUGGCCAGAAAAGCGAAACCUUUCAGUCAACGCGCUGAAGCAGUUCCUGGAUCGUGGUACGUCCGGGACGGAGAUUCUUGACCUGAGCAAACACACAAGAGCCAAAGGCGUGUCGGAAGCAGACUUAUGGGAGAAGGCUUGCGUUCUGGAUGUAGGUAGCAGCGCCAAGUUUCAGUGUGGCCGGACUGGGAGGACGCCGUGUUUGACAAAAGCACGCUUGCAGCAGAGACCGAUUGGCUUCUACGUCCCUAGGUUGAAGCGCAGACUCCUUAUCUCGGAGGCGCUGCGCUUGCAAGGCUAUCCCGACCAGCUGCUGCAGCCACUGCUGGACGCCACGGAUCAAUCGGAGAGCAAAGUCGGAGCAGCCUUAGGCGACGGCAUGUCCGUCAACGUGCUGAGCGCUGUUUUGGCGACUGCUUUGGCGAGCGUGGGGGUGAACGCCAAGAACAAGCCAUGGAUGGAAGUCGUUUCUGCUAAGGAUGUACGGCGAGAGGCCAAUCGCCAGAGCCUCAGCUGUGUCGCGACUUGCGCGGAGAACGGCUGCCCAGCAAAACAGGUGCGUGCCAACUUUGUAGAUGGUGACUCACAUGGCCCUUGA